AUGAAGCCGAACAGUACAUACAUCCUGCUCAUAUUUUGCAGAUGGAUUCUCGCUCAAGCUUGUUAUUUCCCUGACAAUAAAGGAAAGAGUGUUCGGGCCAGCCUUGGCUACAGGCCAUGUAGCUCUAAUGACACGACUUACUCGAUAUGUUGCAAUACUGCUGAUCGAUGUUUCAGCCAAGGCGUGUGUUCGGAUAGCACUGGAACUGGGCCUUCCCGUCUGUACCGAGGUGGCUGCACGGAUGAGAAUUGGUACAAUUGCCCAGAUAUUUGUUUGUCCAAGAAUGGAAAUGCUUCCAUCACAAUCAAACUGUGCGAGAGUACUAGAGACUACUGCUGCCAGAGUGCCUCUCGGGCGGCGAGUAACUGUUGCAUGAGUGCCGAUGAACGAUUCUCAAUAUCAAAGAUCCCGCGUAUCAGUGAUCCGUCGUCUCGCAAGGUUCCUGUUGGGGCUAUAGCGGGUGGUGUUGCUGGGGGUGUUAUUGGUCUUAUUGGCCUGGUAGGCCUAUGUUUCGUCGUUGUAAUGCAUCGGCGAGGGAAAAAGAGAUUGGGAAACCAAGCUUUGGGUGGCAAGUAUGAUCACAGCACGGAUAAAAGCAGCACAGUAAUCGAUCCGUCCCUUGCAGAGGCUGAUGCUGGCCCGGGAAGUGUAUUGGUAGAGUCAGACUCAAAGGCUAUUCGGCCAAAGACUGUGCAUGAGCUACCGGCAUAG